GUUUUUUACUGUGAACAUGUGGUACUUUCUCAAUGGGUGUUUGAAUGUUAAUUUCACAUAUGACCGAGGAGUUGACACGUGGCAACAUAGGGAAAGGUGUGAUAGAUAUCUUUCAUGAUGUGGCGAGAUGUGAGUUGACUUCUUUAUGCAUCAGUCUUUGCAUUAUGUUGCUACCAUUGCUGUUGGUAUCAUGGUUUUUCCAUCUUGAGGAUUGCAUCUACAUG